AUUAGGCACAUCCUCACAAACCAAUGUGAACCUGAUUUUUCAAGUACACCAGAUUCUUAGAAACAUAUCCCAUGGAAUCCGCAAAACCAUAGGCAACAUGAUCUAAUCUGUGUUGGCCUCCUCUUCAUAAGGUAGAGUUUGAACUAUCUACUAAUAACAGGUUUGAAAAAAUUCCAUAAGACAACACCAUGUGACCUCUUAUAUGACCUUGUCUCCUAAUAGGUCCCAUUUCAUAGCCUGCAACCACAACCAACCAUUCAAUUACCCAUUUAUUACAUAUCCUUCAUCUAUAUAUAUGUUCAUGGUUGCAAGGAUAUGGCAGCAACACAAGUCAUUCACAUCCUAAAGCACAGGAAACUCAAACACUUGCAUCUUAUUACAAGUCAUUUGUAAAACUAGUCUUUCUUCAUCCCAUACAACAAUGGGUUUUCGGUUAUCCAGUAUUGUAAGAAAGGCAUCAUUUACUUCGUCUUCAAAAGCUAUGGAAGUGCCAAAGGGUUAUCUUGCAGUUUACGUUGGAGAGAAAAUGAAGCGGUUUGUGAUCCCUAUAUCAUACUUGAACCAGCCUUCAUUUCAAGACUUGCUAAGUCAAGCUGAGGAAGAAUUUGGAUACGAUCAUCCAAUGGGUGGUCUCACAAUUCCUUUUGAAGAAAAUAUGUUCUUAGAUAUCACUUCUCGCUUGAGUUGAUGCUAGCACCAUCAAGAUUAGGCUGACUUAGAAAUAGAUUACUUAACACAAUUUUUGUAACAAUUUCUUAUCCUGAGAAAGAUUUUCUCCAUUUUUUGUUAUCCUACUAUUCAUCUCAAUGAGAAAUUUAUGAACAUAAACUUUUGUCUCCAA